GAUGCUGGGUGGAAUGUUGGCAGGUCACUCUGAGAGCGGGGGUGAGACCAUCGAGAAAAAGGCCAAAAAGUACAAACUGUUCUACGGCAUGAGCUCUGAUACGGCCAUGAAGAAGCAGGCAGGAGGAGUAGCAGAGUACAGGGCGUCUGAGGGGAAGACAGUGGAGGUGCCCUAUAAAGGGCCAGUGCAGGUCACUGUGAAGGAUGUACUGGGUGGAGUUCGCUCCACCUGCACCUAUGUAGGAGCUGCUAAGCUGAAGGAGCUGAGUCGUCGUACCACCUUCAUUAGAGUGACUCAGCAACUAAACACUGUGUUUGGAAACAACGACUAAGACAUUGCUAUUGCUCACGAGUGCCAAUCUGGUCUGCCAGAUUUACUGCAUUAGUUAAAGAGCUAAACUUUUUGUAUCUGUACAUGUUUUGUAAUCUUUCUGUAGUAAUGACCUGACAUUCACACACAGAAUGCACACAGUGAUAAACCUCACAGCUUUUCCUGCAGCAGUGUUAUGGUUGUGGCUAACAUGGCUAAGAGAAAUUCACCUGCUUAGCCUUCAUAUAAAGACCUAACUGUACAGUCUGGUACAG